UCUUCCUCAUUAGUUGAACCAAACUAGUUCAUCUGGAUUUCUUAAUUCUAAGUCAUAAAAAUGACUAUGUUUUCUUCCUUUUUGUUUGUCCUAAUAGCUGGGGCUUAUAUUACUCCAGAGUGUUUCAGUAUGGAGAUUAUUGGAGGAAGACAAGUGCGACCUCAUUCCAGGCCAUUUAUGGCUUCCAUCCAGUAUGAUGGCAACCAUGUUUGUGGUGGCGUCUUGAUCCACCCGCAGUGGGUGCUAACGGCAGCGCACUGCCAUUCUAGGUUUACCAAUGGCCAGACCCCCGCAGUGGUUUUAGGAGCACAUUCUCUUUCAAAGAAUGAGCCCUCCAAACAAACAUUUGGGAUAAAAAAAUUCAUACCAUUCUCAAGAUUGCCCUCAGAAGCUAAGUCGAAUGAUAUCAUGCUGAUAAAGCUUCACACAGCUGCAGAACUCAACAAGCAUGUCCAGCUACUCCCCCUAAGAUCCAAAAACUAUAUUAGAGAUGGAGCCAAAUGCCAAGUUACUGGCUGGGGAUCCACCAACCCAGAUUCGUUAACCAUCUCUGAUACCCUGCAAGAAGUCACCAUUACUGUCAUAAGUCGAAAACGGUGCAACAGCCAAAACUUUUACAACCACAAUCCUGUUAUAACUAAAGACAUGAUAUGUGCGGGAGAUGUGAGAGGCCAGAAGGAUUCCUGCCAGGGUGACUCAGGUGGCCCCUUGAUCUGCAAAGGUGUCUUCCAUGCUAUAGUCUCUGCAGGUCAUAAAUGUGGUAUUGCCAAGAAGCCUGGAAUCUACACCUUGCUAACCAAGAAAUACCAGGCUUGGAUCACCAGCAAGCUUGCCCCUUCUCAUGCACGUUGAAACUGAAAUGACUUUCUCACAUCUGCCAGGUUCUUGCUUCAUUUUUUUUCCCCAUGAUAUUCUCAGAGAAAUGGCAGGAUAUACACACAGCAGAGCACAGGCAGAGUAAAUUUGUGUACCCUGAAGACUCAGUUUAUUAAGAAAUCAAAUUCUUUCUCAUGUGUAUCACGGAUGUAUUUUUACCAUGUUGAUAUCAUUCUAAAUAAAAUUUAGAAGACUCUG